AUGGUGCAUGACACUGGAGCCACUGGAGCCGCUGGAGGAGCUGAAUCAAAUGGAUCGCGGACGUCGUUUCCGUGUAAUACUUAUUCACUUUCUUUUGAGAGUAGUGGAUUGCAGCGAAGUCAUAUGAGGGGGGCGUGGCAUAUCUAUAACCUGCAACGAAAAAUAUCAGGCCAGCCAGCCCUUUCCGAAUCCGAAUUCGCAGACUUUGAAAAGGAGAACAAUGGCACUGGAAAAAGAAAAAAGACCCAACACACCAACGCCAGCCCCGAACCAAGUCAUCGAGAUUCAAGACCAGAAUCAUCCACCUCCUCUCCCGAUCCCCAAAAUCCCCCACUAAAACCAGACCUCUCGACCUGCCUCUUCUGCCCUCACACCUCCCCAACCCUCUCAGAAAACCUCUCCCACAUGUCCAUCACCCACUCCUUCUUCCUCCCCUCUACCUCGCCCUCCACCAGUACCUCUGCGGCAAUCGAACCCCUCCUCUCCUACCUCUCUUCUCUCGUAUAUGCACACCACGAAUGCAUAUACUGUGCGCGUGAAAAGAGGAGUGUGAAGAGUGUGCAGAGUCAUAUGCGGGAUAGGGGGCAUUGUAAGGUUGAAGGGGGUCUGUGGGGUGAAUUUUUCGCGUCGUCUGCCUCCUCUGAAGGAGAGGGAGAAGAAGAAGAAGAAGAAGAAGAAGAAGAAGGAGAAGAAGAUGCACAGACAUCAAGAAGAUUGAACGACAGAGAGAACGCAAGGAACAAGAAUGGCGGGAGGCGUGUGGCGCGUCGUCGAUCUUUGAAACAGCGGGAAGAACUAGACGCUGCUGUAUCGAGUGCGGAACAAGUAUCAUCGCUGGUGGUUUCGUCUCCCUCCUCCUCUGAGCUAGGCUCAGGUCCGCUUCUCCCGCCUACACCUGCACCGCCGAUAACAGGGCGCAACACCGAGCUCAGUUUAUCCGGGUUAUCGACCGCGCAACUUGUUAGUCUAGCGAGUCUAGACAAGAAGAUGCGACGGCAACAGGUUGUUGCGCAAAAGAAAGUGAACCAGCGGGCAUUGAGUCAGCCUGUCAAGGCGAUAUAUUACAAGACGGAGAAUCCGGUGUAUCAGGCUGGGUAA